UUGAGCGUGCAAGUUUGGGCAAACAAAAAGUGGAACCGAUUGAAUCAGCCAACAAACACAAAGCAAAACAGAGAAUCCAAGAGAUCUAAAACAAACUAAAUAAACAGGGGCCCGAAGACCUCGCGUUCCCCUCGAAAAAAAUAAAAACACAAAAUGGCUGCCGUAAGAGCAUAGAAAAACUGUAACAAAAAACAUCAAUAACUUUGUAUUUUUGGCCAAUUUGUAAGGUUUUUUCGUUCCCUCAGCUGUGUGUUACAUAAAUCUCGGCGUAUGUGUGCGUGUGCGUGAGAGUGGACUCAUGUGUGUGUGUGGCUAACAGCAACAGCAGCUAAAAAAAAAAAGAAAAAAAUUAAUUGUAGCAACUCCCCGAUUUCGAAUUAUCUUUUGUGUGCUUAGUCAAUUGGGUUAAAACCUAAAAGCUGUUUCGGUGUCAAUUACGAGAAAGUUACUACCUACAAAUAUUACGCAUACGCAGAGGUGCCCGAAAUCAGUCCCGGAAGGCCCGAACAACAACUCUAAAAUCUGCAAAACAACCGACGACAACCAGUCAAAGCAAUCCAACUUUUACACACCGUUAAUACUUUUUGGCUCUAUGUGCAAUUUAAAUCUCAAUAAACUCACCACCUAAGCAACAAAGUUAAACUAAAACCAAAAUAUCAAAAGCAAGUUCAACUCGCUCGCUCGUUUUCUUCAUCUAAAUAAAAACCAAAAACAAAAAGCAAAAAUAAACAAAUAAGACAAAGCCUCUGAAAAUUGGCUCUAAAUUGAACUAAUUGUUUUAUGCUUCUAAUUGUUUUAUGCGAAAUUCCUAUCGUUAACUAACCGCCAAAUCAAACCGCUUUAAAUCGACACCCAAAUCGAUACCAAAAUUGAUCCGUAAUGUCGCGCGAAAACUCGCCUCGCCACGGCUCGUUCCGGCGGAAUCUGAACAGCAGAGAUCCGGCGGGAGGGGCGCCGGGUUCUGGACCCGGAUCGGGAUCGGGAUCGCCACACCACCAGCAGUCGAACCACCACCACCACUAUCAGCACCAGCAGCCGCCGAUCAUGGAGCACGCCGGCGCGCCAAUCUCUACGUCCGCCUCGAACAUAGCCACCGUGCUGGAGGAUGGGGAGAACCCCAACCUGCCGCCCCUGACCGGCUCGGGGCCCAGUCGCCAGCGAUCACUGCGCGACCGGCUCAAAGACGGCAUCACCGGCAGCUUCUCCUGGCACUGUGACGAGCUGCAGCGUUCGUUGCGCCUGCCUGUCAGCGGCAGCAACAGCAACGCAACAGCGGCAACAACACAGCAACACGGCAACACCUACAAAAUAGGAUGA